GCCGCCACAGGAGCCACAAUCUGUCUGGAUGCAGAAAACUCUUUCUCGGCCUCCACCGAGGGCACAGGGAUUGCCAUGCCACCAAACCGCGCUGGUAGCGAUAGCAACUUUCUCAGUGCCGACUCGUCCGAACACGAAUGGCCGCUGAGCGCUGGCAGCAGCUUGUCCGCCGCCACAGGAGCCACAAUCUGUCUGGAUGCAGAAAACUCUUUCUCGGCCUCCACCGAGGGCACAGGGAUUGCCAUGCCACCAAACCGCGCUGGUAGCGAUAGCAACUUUCUCAGUGCCGACUCGUCCGAACACGAAUGGCCGCUGAGCGCUGGCAGCAGCUUGUCCUACACGUCACACCUGCCACCAAUAUUUGAGGACGACGAAGAAGACGAAGAAGCUGACGAAGAGGAGAAAAACUCCUUUGACUGGGGAUUCGUUCACGAUGAAGGUGACCACCUUAGGUUGCGGAUCAGACAACAUUUCGAGCUGAGGAUUCCACUGGAUAGCGCUCUAGUGAACUACGGCACUCGCGAUCUGGCCACUACGUUUCCCUUUUCUCAUGAAAAUGGCGUGAAGCUUUUCAGAGCCAUCACAGUGGACUUUCGCAGACAGGCUGAUCUCGCUAUUGUAAGGACCAUUAUCCAGAGGGAACAGCGCAGACGAGACCUGUUAAGACACCUGCGGUCAAGCGUUUGUAAUUGUAUCAAAAUGGGAGAGACAAAAGUCGAGACUACUUUCGAACAUGAAAAUUGAAGCAUGACAGGCUGAAUAUAUGAUUUGCCUUUGUUGGUACAGUUUUGAGUCAUGAUUAUUUCGAUAGACUUCACACCGGAUAUGAUACAUAUGUGGACAACGAAGUUAUACUAGUUUAUGUCAAUGAACUCCUGUGGCAUUGAUUUCCACCACAACUGUACAAAGUUUUUUUGACAACGAUAUUAAAACUUUGUGAUAUUUGCUACUACAUGUACGUGUACGUAUUAAAAAAAUUAAUUUUGCGAAUGGUCAUUGUGACCGUCAUGUUUCA